GACCCCGUGCCCGCCGGCUGGGUGGCAGAGCGCGCCCCUGGUGCUGUACAGAAAGCGGUCAUCGGCGCUGCUCGCGUAGUGAAAGCGCGCUGUCCUUACGCAGCUUCUGCCAAGUGCAGCUCCGGCCAUGCUUUCACAGCGAUUUCGAUCAGCGGUACCAGCUCCAGUUUUGUUAUGGUUAUGUUUGACAAACCGCGUUUUGCCACCGAACGUCAGUAUAUUUAACAGAAUGCAUUUAAACUGGGUAUUUGCUGAGUUAAAUUCAAACUGAAUUGCAGUCGUAGAAAUGUGAGGCUUGGCUUCCCUCACUUAAACCAACACGAUUUUGAGAGCUUCAAAUAGAGAUGUGUAUGGAGCUGGGAAAACAACUCUUCUAAAUUACAUACUUACAGAACAGCAUGAUAAAAGAAUAGCAGUUAUUCUGAAUGAGUUUGGAGAAGGUGUCGUCAUGCAGAUUUAUAGAUUAAUAUUGUAGUACUACUUAUAUUUCCAGGAAGUGCCUUGGAGAAAUCCCUGGCAAUCAGUCAAGGGGGAGAACUCUAUGAAGAAUGGCUGGAGCUCAGAAAUGGCUGCCUGUGCUGUUCAGUAAAGGACAGUGGUGUGAAGGCGAUUGAGAACCUGAUGCAAAGGAGAGGAAAAUUUGACUAUAUAUUGUUAGAGACAACUGGUUUGGCAGAUCCAGGAGCUGUGGCCUCCAUGUUCUGGGUUGAUUCUGAGCUGGGAAGUGAUAUCUAUCUUGAUGGUAUUGUGUCGGUUGUUGAUGCAAAGCAUGGAUUGCAGCACUUGACAGAGGAAAAGUCAGAAGGCCUUGUCAAUGAAGCAUCUCGGCAGGUUGCAUUAGCUGAUCUUAUCAUCAUCAAUAAAACAGAUUUGGUUUCAGAAGAAGAGCUGAAUAAAGUCAGAACAUGUGUCAGGUCAAUAAAUGGACUUGGUAAAAUUCUAGAGACACAAAGAUCAAGAGUUGAUCUUUCCAAUGUCUUGGACCUGCAUGCUUUUGACAGUUUAUCUGGAGUAAGUUUGCAGAAAAAGCUGGAGCUUCUGAAGACAACACAUGCACAUCUAGACAAGGGUAUAAUUACAGUGACAUUUGAAGUUCCAGGAAAUAUAAAAGAAGAAAACUUAAACCUUUUCAUUCAGGAUCUUCUGUGGGAGAAGAAUAUGAAAGAUAAGAGUGGGCACACCAUGGACAUCAUAAGACUGAAAGGACUGGUAUCUAUUCAAGGCAAAUCUCAUCAGGUGAUAGUCCAAGGUGUCCAUGAGCUCUAUGAUCUAGAAGAGACUGCAGUACCCUGGGAAGAAGGCGAAAAGAGAACAAAUAGACUGGUCCUAAUAGGCAGAAACUUGGAUAAGGAGGCAAUCAAAGAAGUUUUCGUAUCCACUGUCAUGGUUUAAGCCCAGCGGGUAAUUCAGCACCCUGCAACCAUUCUCUCUCCUCCCCUUCUCUCCCCUGCUGCGGGUGGGAUGGGGAGGAGAUUUGAAAGAAUAUAAACCCCACAGGUUGGGAUAAGAACAAAAUCCGAAGUGUAAUACAAAACCACUACUACUAGUAAUAAUGAUAAGGGAAAUAACAAGGGGAGAGAAUAUAAAACUAAAAAGGGGGAAAAAAAGCAACCAACAGUAAACAAAAGUGAUGCACAAUACAGUUGUUUCCACCGAUACCCAGCUCAACUCAAGCAGCAAUCUGAUCUUUCGAGUGACUCCCCACAGUUUAUAUACUGGGUAUGACGUGCU